UGCCUUGGGCGCCCGCUGGCUGCAGUCUCGCCGGCAACCGCAACAGCGGCGCCACGCUCGGACGCUGUCGCUACGCUACGCCACGCUCCCACGCCACGAGGCCGCAUCGCGCCCAUGCCACAGCCGUAGCUCCCACAAACCGUUGUCCACAGCAGUCGCCGCUCCCGCGUACAAGUGCAUGUGCCGUUUCCUCUCGCCGACGUCCCUUUUCUCAGUUUUGUUUCCGAUUUUUUAUCCGCGGUUCGUGGGCUGCGCGAAAAUGGUGAAGGGUGAAGUGUGCUACGUCACCCUGCUGCUGCUGUUGUGCGUGUGUAAUUACGCCACCGUGGUCGGGAGCACGGUGCCCAGUGACGACAACGCCGACGAUGUGGUGAAAUCGUGCGCUGCGGUCAGACCCAUCUUCGAAGCCAAAAACAUUUCGGCUGACAUCCCAGACACGCCCGUAAACGGCCGUGAGCUGACCGUGUGCGUGUCCGAGACGUCGUGCUGCACCCUGGAGAUGGAGGUGGCGCUCCAGCGGCUGGUGCGGAGGGACUUCCAGGCGCUGCUGCACCACAACUCCAGGUCGCUGGAGGGCCUGCUCGUCUCCGCCGCCAACACCAUACGAGAGCACGUGGUGGAGCUGCUGCGGCAGUCGGAGAACAAGACGGCGUCGCUGUUCGAGCAGCAGUACCGGCUGAUCUCGAGGCAGGCGCGCGACCCCGUGUCUGCGCUGUACGCGACGCUGGGCGGCCACCUGGAGGCGCCGCUGCAGCCCAGUGCGGGCUCCAGCGCCCCGGGGCCCGCCGCCGACCUGGAGGAGGCCGUCACCGACAUGUUCGCCGGCCUCUUCCCGCUCGUCUACCGGCACGCCGUCUCGAAGGCGCGCGACUUCGCCGCCGACUACAAAGCGUGCCUGCGAGAGGCGACGCCCGAGCUGCAGCCGUUCGGCGACGCGCCGCGCCAGCUGGCCAGGUCGGUGCAGCGCGCGCUGGAGGCGGCCAGGGUGCUGCGGCAGGCGCUGCUGCUGGGCGCCGAGGUGCUCAACGCCACCGACUCGCUGCUCACCGGCGAGAACGGCCCGCCAGGUGGAGCGGCGGCCCAGGCGCAGUGCCACGCGGCGCUGCUCCGCAUGUCGUACUGCUCGCGCUGCCACGGGCUGCAGCGGCGCGUCCGCCCCUGCGCAGGGCUGUGCCUGAACGUGCUGCGCGGCUGCCUGACGCAGCAUGCCGCCGAGCUGGACCUGCCGUGGAACGGAUACGUCGAAGCCGCAGAGAGGCUCGUCGUCGCCGUCCAGGGCCACGGCGCUGUCGACGACGUGCUGCGCUCGCUCGACGGACGCGUCACCGAGGCCAUCAUGAUCGCGAUGGUGCCCGCGCCCAACCUCGAGGAAAAGGUGAAGCGGUCUUGCGGGCCGCACAAGUGGGACGAGAGCUCGCCGGAUAGCUCAGAGGGCGAGGAGGAGGAGGAGGAGGCGGGGGAGGCGGCGGGCGGCGCGGGCCCGCGGCAGCUCGCCAGCGGCCAGAGCGAGGUGCUCGGCGUCACCCUCACGCAGGGCCACAUCACUACUGGGUCGGGCCAGGACACGCUGUCCUCGAAGCUGCAGCACUUCCUGACCAGCCUGACGAGGAGCCGCGGCUUCUACGCCAACCUGGCCGAGUCGCUGUGCUCCGACGAGAGCUUCGCCGAGACCCGCGACACGGCCGACUGCUGGAACGGCCAGCGCGUCGGAGAGUACACAAAAACUGUGGUGGCUUCAAGUGUGACUGCACAGAAGUAUAACCCUGAACUGACAUGGACACCAUACAACCCCGAUGCACGAAUUGCCGAGCUCAGUGACAAACUGAGGCAUAUAAAGCAGGUUGUGGUAAGCCAAUUGACAGAAACACCUCCAGCUCUCUCCUUCACUCAUUACGAAGAGGGAAGUGGAAGUGGACAGGAGCCAGGUGGAGGCUGGGAUGCUGAACAAGAUGGAGGAUGGCGAGAUGAUGGCUCAGGUUCUGGAGACAUACCAAUUGUAGGAGGAGGAGCAGGAGGAGUGGACACUAGUUCAACAGAUCAUGCAGUACAUGUCUCACCAGGUGAAGGAAGAGAUGAAAAGAAAGCUGAUUCGGGAGCUGAUACUGUAUUCUCCUGCAGUCUUCUGCUCAUUGUCUUUGGUGCAACAGCAGCAACAUCAUAUAUAUAUGAUGGUUAGACGUGUCUGUUUACCGAUACUCCAGCUGUCAAGAAGCCUGGGUUCCCAUUAGUUCACACAUCACCAACUCACAUCCAGUUGUGACAUCUUCUGAAAACACUGGUCAACUAUUAAAACACGGACAAUGUUACAUUGUGUGAAAUUAGUGUAUGUACUGAAUCAUUGUGACUGAGAAAAAAUGCAGCCUGCACAGUGCAAGCUUAUGACAUAAAAGAGAUUUAUAUAUAUUCAUUAUUUCUUCAUAUAUUAACAAAUUAAUAUCAACCAAUCUUUAAAAUUAUAUUGUGGUUGCAAUUGUUUGUUAAUAUAUGAACAUAAUAAACAUAUUUACAAUAUGAAUGAUGGCCAAUAUGGUUUCAAAAGAUGUUUAUUUUUGGUUCACAAAUUAUGUCUGUGCCCCUGCAACUAAACUUUUGUACUUAAAUAGUACACUGUAUUUGUGCACAAUAUAAAAUGCUAUUAGUUUUGUUUUUCACAAAAUCAUCUUUCUAACUAUGAAAACUUAAUAUCAGUUAAGGAGUUCUGAAUCAGUACACCAUCAUCAUUGUUAACAUAAAUUCCAUUGUGGUCCAUCAGAUUGAGAAGCUGAAAAUGGACUGCUUCAUUAGCACCUUGGUUUGGUGAUAACUAGGCAUUUUUAUACACUCAUUCAGUGAAUAAAUGCAUUCAAACACUGCAGAAAUCAUUUUCACAGAUCAACAUACAGCACUAGCCCAUCAUUGUUUAAGGGAAUGCUUCACAGCAAUGGAAUAAAUAGUCAACACAUAAGUGACAGCUCUCAUAAAAUGCGCAAGAGGCUGAUGUUAUCAUGUAAUAUAGUGUUCAAAACAAAAUAAUAUUAACAGUCACUGAAGGAUUACAAAAACAGUAUCAUUCUGUUAGAGAAAUGUAAAAAAUCAUCACUAAAUGCAUUGACUCUGGAAGUGUCAUUUUGGCACUGUUUUUGUAUACCAAUAUGUUAUUGCAUCAGAACAAGAAGAUGAAAAGAAUUUUCAAUAUUUUCAAGUGCUUUAAUUACUUCAUGUUUCAUUCAUAGAGUUUGGCGAUACAUUUUGUCUUCUGAACUCUGCUUUCAAUUUCCACCUUUCAGUGCAUAGCUGACAUUUCCAUUUAGACACAUAAAUUUUCAUGGUUGAUAUAAUAUGAGACUAACAUAUCUAGGAAGGAUGUUAUUGUGUGUGGAUGAGUGUUAGUGUGAUAAACACUUGUGUAUUCUAAAAAUCACAGUUAUGUGGUUAUCCAGUGAAGUUUCACAGUAAGUUUAAAACAGAAAUGCAUCACACAAAUUGAAAGGCGCAAUUAAACUUGCUCAUAAUUUAGGGUACAAAAUCCAUAACAGUUGCACAGGGACAAUCUUUACUUGAUUCUUUCAUCCAGAACAGACUGUCAUAUCUUCACCCUAAUUAUGUGAGCAGCAGAAGCUGUUUAAAUUGUUUACAUACUUACAUAAGUUUACAGCAUUAUGACAUAAAUCAAGGAGACAAAGUGGCCCAAAAAUUAAAAAACAUGACCAUGUUAAGAAUUACAGAGCUAUUGAUUUCUUAGUGUUUUUGUUUACCUCCUGGGUAAAUCACUGAACUUCUUCUUCUGUGUCUUGGUUACAUAUGUGUAUAUGUUUAACAGAUAAAGUACUGACCCAUCUUAUACAUCUUGAAAAUGGUACUUCUACUCAUGAAACCAAUAUUAUUUUACACAAAUGUGCAGAUUCGAUGAAAGAAAACAACCAAAAAUUUGAUGGCAAAAUCUUGUAUUAUUGUCUUACAUGCAUUUCCUUACAAAAUUGUUGAGUGACAUGGAACAGAAUUGGCAGUGAAUCUCAUUAAGUUGAGUGUUAAAAUUUUAAUAGGAUGGUAUCAUGAAGUUUCUCAUCUGUAUAGAACAUAUCAUAUAUGUUCAUAUCAUUUACAUAUGUAAGAGAGAAUUAUUUUGCUCUCUUAAGCUUCAACAAGUAGUUCUUAAUUAUUGUCCCAGUAAUCAGAUAUGAAAAUGGAAAGACUAUCUCAUGGGCUAGUAUGUUUUAUACAUACCUGUUCAGCAUUAUAAUUUUCAACAGAGAGUAAUGCAACUUAGGCAUCCAGAAGGGGGAAAAAAAGUUUCUGUGAGAAUGCAAAAUAAGAAGAAAACAAGUGUGACUCUGUCUCUCCUUCUUCUGUACUUCAGCUACUAGGUCUUCGCGUGUUACAGUGCAAUAACUCCUAGAUACAAAAGUCUAAGUGAAAACUUAACACAAAUAUGGAAAAAUUGAGGAGGAUGAUGUUCAGUUCCUCUUGCAAAAGAAAUUUUAGGUAUCCCACAUCAGCAAAAGCAGUCACUCAGUUGCUGUUGUCACACUUAUUACAUUGUGUAUUUGUAUUUGCGAAUUUUAAUGUACUCAUUAUUUUUAAUGUGCCUUUCUUUCUUCUCAUUAAUAAUGCAGUAAAAAGUGAGAGGUCUCUUUUUUACACUUUUGAUGCACAUACUGCUAUUAUUUAAGUUAUUGAUUUCUUUUAUUCAACUACGAUGGUUAUUCUUUUCAAGCUGUGAUAAAAAUGAAACAUAGCAGGGUGACCCAAGUUUAAGCAGCAUAUUUGUUCCAUAAUAAUUCAGUUUAUGUGGUGUAAUAUCUAGUGCUUCCAAUAACUGUCUUUAAAAUGGGUUUGAAAAUCUGUUGAAACUUGCAGAAAAUUUCCCUACAUGGAACUGUUAUUCAAAAGCUUCAGACUAAAACAGCAUCAUUGGCAGUAUUUUGAUUCCAUCAUAGUGAAUUUACAAAGGCCAUUUAGGAUAGUUUGGUAAAAGAAAAUGCUGAAUAGAUAUACCACCCAACAAAUAGUGUUAAUAAGUUCUUUGAUGUUUAAAUAUAACUGUAUCAAAAAAUUAUUUGUACACAGCAUUUUCUACUCUGUCUGACUUGUUGGUUUUUUUUUUUUUUUUUUUUUUUUUUUUUUAGUGUGGCUUCUAUCACUGACGUGCAUAGACAAUGACUAUGGGUACAUCUAGCUUGUUAUCCUUUAUAAAUGUCAUUUUCAUAAUUGACUUCUAGUUUACUUAUAGUGAUCUGCCUUUGUCAAAUAAAUAAAAUGCUCAUAGAAAUGAAUUAACUAACAUACAAAGACAGGACAGAAAAACAAGAAGCAUUCACUGGCUGAGACUAACUGUUUAUUUACUAGUAUGACAUAGAAACACAUAUUUGUGGUUACUAAAGAAACUAUUUAUGGUCUUGAAAACAAGUUUAAAUAUUAAGACUUAAAUUUUUCUCCACCUAAAUUGCCUAAUUUGCUCUGUCUAAAUUGAUACUGCUAAAACUGUAUUCUCAAUAGUAGAUUUUAAUUGCUGCCUUUUCCUUAGCAGUUGCUGAAAAUAGCUGUUUUUUUUCCUUUCAGUAAAUUCAUAAAAGUAUAAAUCAAUACUUCCUGAACAAUGGAUUUCAAAUAACAUUAAAAACAAUUAGGCCUGUUUAUAAAUGAAUAAUAGUAAAUGUUUAGUUGUAGAGGAAGCCACGCUAAGCUAUGUUGUAUGAGUCUAUAAUGUGUGUUUAAGAAUUGGUGGGAAAAUAUUGUGAAAAAAGAAGGGGGGGGGGGGGGGGCGGUGGACUCCAAUCUCAAGCAUGUAGCAAAAUUAAACUAUCACCAUCUUACUUCUAAGACAAUAACACACAUUACUCUUCACUAGUGGUGGAAAUUGAGACUAAAAUGCUGGGGUGUAACCAACUGAAAUUUUCACUGGAAAGGAAUCCAAUAACUGCUUUCUACUUUAACUAUAUUGUUAUUACAUUCACUGUAUUUUCUAAGUCCUAGCACAAUACACUCACCUCAAUGUUAACCUUCCCCCUCCAAAAAAAGAAUCAGUACUUAUGCAAAUAUUAGAAUGCUGCAUCUUUUUAACUUUUUCAGUUAGUAACACUUUAAAGAAAUGGUAGAAAAGAACUAGGAGCACUUAAUUGCCAUAUCUUUUACACAUACACUACAUACAGUGUGACUGAGUGUCAUAGAUUAACAGUUUAGUUCUUUGUGCCCUUCUGCUCGAAAAUAAGCCCCAUUCAGCUAAACACUAAAGUCAGAAAAUCAGACUCUUGAAAACAUUCAGAUGACUACAAUGUCAGAGACAUUUCAUUAUUUGUUGGAGUUUUAUAUCUAUUAUUGAAUAUUUAAGUUUCUCAUAAGUUGACAAAACAAAGUAAUUUAACUAACUAAUUUUGCUUGUAAAAAAUCUGUCAAUGUCUCAUUGGUUACAAACAAACACAAAAAAAGUCACUCAACAAACAAGUAUAGUAAUUUGAAACUAAUAUUGUUUGAAUGUUUGUUAUCAGACUGUGACUGAAUAACAAAGCUCAUGCAAAACUAUUUUACCAGUUAUGUUGACUGUUUAUAUCUUAGUGGAAACUGAAAUGUAACCAUUCCACAGUAUAAUUUAUCGCCAAAGAUAAUUUAAUUAGAAUUUGCUGAAAAAGCGUUGGAAAGAAAUACGUUCCUUCCAUCUUAUGUUAAUCAAUUGAACAUACAUUGAUAAAGAUACUUGUUACUAGCCAGCAGUAUGUAACUGUGCAGUUAUUUGUCUGUUUUCUAAGGUAGAAAAGCUUUGAUGACAAACUGCCUACCUUCAUAUUUCUCUUAUUAUAAUCAGUGUGUCAUCAAUAUAUUUCAGAACUGUCUGACUGUGCUGUUAUAGAUUUUCACAUAAGUAAAAGCUUGAAGCUAUUGCAUCAGUCCUGAGAGCUUCAUGUGUGUUGUUAUAUAGUCAGAUACAUCUUUUUCAAGUGGAGAUUACCUUAAAUUAAAAAUGGCAAGCGCUGUAUGUCAUACUUAGAAGCUACUGAGCCCCUACAGUUUAUCUGUUAUAUGUAAAUAUAUAAAAGAAAACACUAUAUUUUCUGACUCUCAAGUCUCCUAUUGUUGGUCUUAUUACUGAGACUUCCUUCUGCAUAUCAGUUUUUCACAAUGUGCUGCACUGAAACUGCUUUCCUUAUAGUGUUACUCGAUUAAUUGAGAAAAAGAAUACAAAUUACUGAAUGAUGACAUGUUUUCUCAUGACUCUGUACAUGACAUUAUUAAUGUAAGACGUUUUUGAAGAAAAUUAUGAAAAUGUCUUUCAUAUUUAUUCCAUUUUCAAGAAAAUGAAAUAAAAAAAAUCUGUGUUAGGAUUAGUUAUUUAAUAGCAGUUUAGAGUGAGUCUGUGUUAUGUGAUCCUGUUACGUAAUGUUUGAAACUAUUCAGGCCUGUGAUAAUGAUGUAAAUGGGAAAGUAAUAAUUUGAAUUAGAAACGUACGAUAAAUAUAACUGUUUCUGUGCCAUAUGUCCUGUGUAGAUAGAAAAAGGUUAACAAGUAAAAUCUGAUCAGUAAUCAGUAAUGGAUUGGAAAAUGAUGUACACUUGAAUCUGUUGUAAAAUAAAUGUAAAAAGUGUAUUUUUGAGUUGCUUACACUUGAAAAUCAUAAAGAUGAUAGUAACAGCAUGAACUAUUUCAUAUGAAUGUUCCUUAAUUUUUUAAAAAGGCAGAAUGAUUUGAUAGAUACAUUUAUAACUGUUUUUGAUCUAAAGUAUACCUGUACAUAUGAAAGAAUUAAAAGAACUUAUGAUGUUAUAUUUAAAGGUAACUGUAUAAGAGAGAGACAUUGAAAACACUGUUAAAAUAUUUUAUGAUAUUGAAAAUUUUCCCUAAGAGAUGUUUCGCUUAUAUAAUUUAAUUUGCUCCAGAUAAUUCAGGCAGCCAAACUUCAGUGAGAAAAAUAUCACUGUUAGUGUAUUCAUGGCAGUCUAGUAAUAUUUACUAUAUGCCACUGUUUCUAACCCUGUUGACCCAUGGUGUAACACUGUAACAGUAUAAAUUUCUGAAAGGAACUUGUUAAAUAUUUCAGUGGUUUGCAAUCAGGACUGAAAUUGUGACUUCUGGAAUGACUCAAAGGAAACAGUUUUCAUAGGAAUUUUUCCAUAGUCAAAAAUUAUUUAACUCAAAUGAUCAGUAACUCCUCUGAAAAGUGUAUGUGUCAUGAACAUAUUUGUUUAAUUUCAUGAGUCAUAGUAUAGUUGUGGUGUAGAAAUAUAAUGUGAUGUCAAAUAAAUUUAAUUAUUUGAUUAACACAUGUCAUGAAAAAAAAAAUCAUAAGUGAAAUUUAAAGCCAGCUUUGGACCUAAACAUGAGCAAUAACUACGGUAUUUAAUUUAUCUUCAGGUUUUUCUCUGUGUGAAUAUUGAUCAGUUUUUUGUACAACCUCGAGACCAGUAUAGCAUGCAGCAUUUAAUAUGUACAUAGAGGACAAGUUCCUUUCAACAAGCAUCACUACAGAAGGAUUUAACUGUUAACAUAGGUACAGAAAGACCUUGUUUCCCUUGCACACAAUAAGUAGAAUACAUGCAUCGAUAAGAAUGAUAGAAAGUUAUGCAGGAUGUAUUUUAUCACUCUGACUGAAAAUACUACAUAUUCUUUGCCCUGUAAAUCCUUAAGGUUUCAACCUCAUAAUGCUGGUAACUGGUGACAGCUUUGUGCAUGGUAUUUUGUCUGAUUUCUGCCAUGCCAUGGGCAGAGGGUUACAUAUUUUUGAGUAGCUUUUAUAUGUACAGCUUGAUUAUAUGCUUUCUUAAAACAGCUAGUCUUAGCAUUAAUUAAGCAAACAAAGUGUGAUGUAAUAUAGCAGUGAAAUAAUGACAUGUCUGCUGUUCUAACGAUAAUAGCUUCCAUUUGUUUUAUUUCAAAAAAUAAAUGUAGUUCUUUAUUUUGAUUUAAAGUUCAUUAAUCUUUGUUUAUCAUACAUUAAAGUAAUUUUGUAAGGAAA